AUGCUGCGCUCACGGCGUCCCGUGACAGUGCUGCACGCGGCGGACCGCUGGCUGGUGCGGUCGUAUGCUUCGACGGUAACACUUCUUCAGCUGCAGGCGCGUGAGCGUCUUAUUUUGGGUACCCAUGGCGCAGGCAUUGUGCGCCAUGACUCCAUGUCACAGCAGACGGGCAGCAAUCUUCCCAGCUCGGUGACGGUAGCGGCUCCUGCGGCGGACUUGUUUCGCACCAAGGUCCAUGAGGGAACAGGGACGGGGGAGAGGGACCCGUACAUGCGCACACUUCCAAAUCAAAAGAGCACGGAGCCGGAGAGCUCCGUCGCACGAGCCAACAUCAUGCUCGCACCGACAGUUGAUGAGUGCAUUGCACUUAACACAAAAUGGGGCAGCAUGCAUUACUGGCUUGGGGACCAAUUCCCACGGCUCUCGGUGUAUUUGAAACAACUUCAAGUCCCCGAUGUGCCGCCGCUUUCCCCCGCAGCGGAGGCGCUGCUUUCGAAGUUUGAAACGGGCGUCAUCCCAAGGUUGGCUUCAGAUGAGGUGGACCGUGAGAAACUCACGGCGUUGUGGAAGGACGUGGUGAGACAGGCCGAUGCACUUGUCCAAGAACACAUUUGUGACCGCACCGCAUUUGAAUCAAAACUGUCCCGUGUUUGCGAUGAUGCAGUGCAGCAGCUGCGCACAUUGUCGCUGGUGGGGUCGGAGGGAAUCUUAGCGGUAGAGGCGCUGCGGCGCCGGACGCUUAUAGGACGCAACAAGCUUAUUCAGGAGCAUCUGAUUGAUGUCACCGAGAACGGUGCCUAUCUGGGGUUUGGAGAUGCGGUGUGGCAGGUGUUCUUCCGCGCCGUGGAGUCCAGCAAGGCAGAGUUCUUGAGCGAGAGGGCGCCGAAGGCCCUCCGCGUUGCGUGGGAUGCGAUCAUGCGGGAGGAUGUGGUGCGGCUCCCGGAUGUCACUGCGCCCGUUGCGCUCUACCUGACGCUCGUGUGCAUCGACGAGAGCGGCAGGCUUGCGGUGGGUGAUCUGAAGGAAUCGUCGUCGAGCCUCUGCGAAACCGUGCGGCCUUGUUUCAAGGAGCAGCAGCCACCACCACUUAACCUUCUUAACCCUGUGGUGAAGCGCCGCUUUGUGGCGAGGACCGUCGCCGAGAUGCUGCAGGCCCCGUCGUCUAACGCAUUUUCCAAGGCGCUUCGGGAGGAUGGCCAGCACGACGUCAGUCGUGUGGUUGCUCUUUGCGAGGCGAUGAGCAGCAGCCACAAACUCUUUGAGGACGAUGUGGCAGAUGCUGUUGGUCGCUUCGAGAGCACGAGCGAAGUCAAAACCCUGCUCUCCUCCCUCAUGGGGGGAACGGACGCCGCUGUGCGGGACACGGUUUCCAACAUAUUGGGAGUGACUGGCACGACUGCUGUGAACUGGGACGUCGUGAUGCAAAGCGUCGAUUGGACGAACAACUGGCGUCAGUUAGCGACUGGACUUCUCAGCGAUCCAGGUGUGCUGGUGGCUGUCCAUAAGCACGUCAAGAACGCGAUUGGAGCGAAAGGAGUGUCCAAGCAUCUCUUCACUGAAGAAUAUGCGGAGCAGCUGCAGCUCAUCGUCAACGCUCGUGAAGAACGAGAGGUGUCACGGAAGCUCAAGAUUGAAAAUGUUGUGCAAGAGCUCUCCUCUUACCAGAAGGUGGAUCAUGUGUGUCACAUACUCCGCCAACUGGGUGUUGACAUGACAGAGCUCGAUCAAGCAGCUGCAUCGAUCCUCGAGAAAGGUCUCGUGAAAAGGCCUCAUGUAGAUGAAGGCGUGAAGGCUCGUGUGCUUGAAGCUGUGGCUGGUCGUCACCCAAACUGGGUGCAGGUCGGUGUUGUUCAGCCAACAGUGAAGGAUUCUGUGGAAGCUCUUCGAUGCAUGUUGCACAUCUUCAUUCGCCUUGCGUACGUUCCACAAGCGGGAGCUGCAGCAAUAGCGCAGCGCUCCCGGCGUCGCAUUGGUCUCAUUGGUUUGGAGCCACACCAGUUCAACGUCCCAACGGAAGUUGGCUUUGUCGAACAGUAUGACAACCUGCAGUACAAACGGUACGACUGGCAAGGUUGGUAUCAACGGAUGGUCGAUGUGCAUAACCGCAAUGUCUCUUUACGCUGCCGCAUCGAUGAUUUGAAGCGAAUAGAUGGGAAUGGUGUGCCGUUUGUAGACAUGCAGACAGAGCGUCGGCUACGCAUCCUGGCUCAGGAGCAUGUUGGCAUGGGCGUGCUGAAACUCGACUCAGAUAAGUACGAGGAUCAGGCGGACAAUAUGACAUUUGGCGCCGUGAAGCUGUCAGAGCUCUUGGCAGACGCGCGGAAGGCACAACUCGGGGAGGAGUACUGGCCCUCCGUGGAGCUCAAGGUGCGCAAGCCGAGCGGACAAAGCAAAGCACACUACUCGCUCAUCGACUACGACCGCGUUGAGAACCGCAGCAAGGAGCUCUACGAAAAGUACCGCGAUGCGAAGAAGAAAAGUUUGUUUGUCACGCCGAUGGAUAUGUGGCUCGACGUGAAGGGUAUGCAGGUGCGGAAGGCCACGGAAAGCGCCGACACCGAAGGCUACACCGUUGACACGCUGCAGGACGUGCUAGGAAGUGAGGAGAGCGAGAGAGGUUUGUGA